UCCAGUGCGGGGGUCAUGGGUGCUCCGUGCCGCGGAUCUCUAGUCCUGCUGGGGCCCCUGCUGGGGCUGCUGCUACUGCUCCUGAGCGGGCCGGCCCCAGGUCGCGCUUCCCCGUGGCUCUUGGACCACCCGGCACCCGCCUGCUCCCAGCAGGGGCUAAACUGCACAGUCAAGAACAGUACCUGCCUGGAUGACAGCUGGAUCCAGCCUCGAAAAUUGACCCCCUCAUCCCCAAAAGAUCUCCGGGUCCAGGUGCAAUUAGCCCAAACCCCGCAUGAAGACUUUGUCCCUGUGGUUCACAUCGAAUGGACACUGCAGACGGACGCCAGCAUCCUCUUCCUGGAGGGUGCAGAGUUGUCUGUCCUGCAGCUGAACACCAAUGAGCGUUUGUGUGUCAAGUUUGAGUUUCUCUCCAGACUUCAGCAUCAUCACAAACGGUGGCAUUUCACCUUUAGCCACUUUGUGGUAGAACCUGGCCAGGAAUAUGAGGUGACCGUUCACCACCUGCCCAAGCCCAUCCCUGAUGGGGACCCAAACCACCAGUCCAAGAACCUCCUUGUGCCAGACUGCAAGGACCCCAGGAUGAAGAAGACCAGGCCAUGUGUGAGCUCAGGCAGUCUGUGGAACCCCAACAUCACCGUGGAGACCCUGGACACCUCCCAGCUGCGGGUGAGCUUCAGCCUGUGGGAUGGAUCCACCCAUUACCAGAUCCUGCUGAACAGCUUCCCGCGCACGGAGAACGAGAGAUGCUACACACACACACAGGAUGUCCCUGCGCCCACGCGAGAGGACUUCCACCAGCGACCCAACGUCACGCUCACCCUACCAAACUUUAAUUGGUGCUGCCGCCACCAAGUGCAGAUACAGCCCUUCCUGAACAGCUGUUUGAAUGACUGCCCUAGAUAUUACGCCAAUGUGUCCUGCCCAACACUUCCAGACCCGAUUGCAGAAUACACCACAGAGUAUGUUCCUCUGUGGGUGUACGGGUUCAUCACGGGCAUCUCCGUCCUGCUGGUGGGCUGCGUCAUCCUGCUGAUCCUCUGCAUGACCUGGAGGCUAUCUGGGUCCCAUCAGGAGAAAGGCGGCCGAGGCGGUGGCGACGCAGGUGCCCUGCCCGCCUCUGGCCUGACGCCCCCUCCGCUGAAGCCCAGGAAGGUGUGGAUUGUCUACUCCGCUGACCACCCCCUCUACGUAGACGUGGUCCUAAAGUUCGCCCAGUUCCUGCUCACCGUCUGCGGCACUGAAGUGGCUCUCGACCUGCUGGAGGAGCAGGUCAUCUCGGAGAUGGGGGUCAUGACCUGGGUGGGCCGCCAGAAGCAGCAGGUGGUCGAGAGCAAUUCCAAGGUUGUCAUCCUGUGCUCCCGGGGCACCCGGGCCAAGUGGCAGGCCAUCCUCGGCUGCGGGGAGCCUGCCGUCCAGCUUCGAUGUGACCGCCAGAGGCUUGCGGGGGACCUUUUCACCGCGGCCAUGAACAUGAUCCUCCCAGAUUUCAAGAAGCCAGCCAACUUUGGCACCUACAUCGUCUGCUACUUCAACGACAUCAGCAGUGAGAGCGACAUCCCUGACCUCUUCAACAUCAUGUCCAGGUACCCUCUCAUGGCCAGGUUUGAGGAGGUGUACUUCCGGAUUCAGGACCUGGAGAUGUUUGAACCUGGCCGGAUGCACCGCAUUGGGGAGCUCACAGGGGAAAACUACCUGCAGAGUCCCAGCGGCUGGCAGCUCAAGGAAGCGGUGGAGAGGUUCCGGGCGUGGCAGGCGCAGUGCCCUGAUUGGUUUGAGCGGGAGAGCCUCCGCUGGGCAGAUGACCAGGACCUCCCGUCCCUGGAUGAAGAGGCGUCUGAGGAGCGGCUGCUGCCACCCGGAAGAGGGAUUAUGAAGCAGAAGCCCCUGGUGCAGGAGCCUGCUGCUGAGGGCUGCCUGGUGGUGGAGCCGCUCAUCGCUGACGAAGGCAGAGAAGUGGCCAGGCUGCAACCUCAGCUGCAGCCCCAGGGGCAGCUGGCGACCCAAACCCUUCGAACCACGGUGCUCCCCCCGGAGGUGGUCCCUCGGGCUCAGGCCGUCGAGCCUGCCCCUCCUGCUGGUAGGAGCAGCGAAGCUAGUCAGCUGGCCCCUGUGGGCGGGGACGAGGCCUGCCCACUGCUGGGGGGCUCUGACCCCCACCCUGUGGACGCAGAGGACCCACCUCUCUGGAGCACCCCGAUGGCAUCGCCAGACCCCCUCCCAGAGGACGUGAGGGAAGAGCUCAGGGGCUUGAUGCUGUCCUUCUUCCAGCAGAGUCUGAGCUCCCAGGCCCCAGAGGGGUGGGUGAGGCCGGCGGUGGCCCUCAAAGACCCACACACACUCCAUGGGGAGGGGCAGCGGGAGUCGGUGCAGUCCGACCAGGGCUACAUCUCCAGGAGCUCCCCACAACCCCCUGAGGGACUGGUGGACAUGGAAGAAGAGGGGGCCAAGCAGGACCUGGGAAACUCAGCCCAGCAGCUCUCCCCCGAGGCCCUGGAGAGCCUGCGGAGCCUCCAGCGACAGCUGCUCUUCCAGGAGCUUCAGAAGAACUGCGGCUGGGACAGUGUGGAGCCGGAGCGGCCAGUCCCAUAGUGCUCCCCGAGCCCGCGGGGAGGGUGACACGUGUGUCUGUGCAUGUGUGCCUGUUCACGUACGAAACGAUCCUUUCAGAUGUAGGUAUCUUGAUUUUGAUGCCUAGACGUCCCCCUUCAUUUUUCCUUCUGGGACCAUCUGGUCAUCUCCAUCCCUACAGAAAUCUGCAGCCCAUUCCCAGGAGCUAGUGGCAGUAUCCUCGAGUCUAUUAUUCAUCCAUUUAUUCAACAUUUAUUUUGUACCUACUAUGUGCCAGGCAUCUGAAAUACAAAGAUGAAUUGCACCUGUCAUUGACCCUGGUCACUAAGGAGAUUAACAUCUAGUGAGAGGCACAGAUUAGCAAAUAGAGGACACUCUUGCAAGAUAGAAAAGCUGAACAGAGGCUUGCUAGGGCUACGAAACAGAAGGGGCACCCGGCCCAGGGAGAAAUCCUGGAGUGGGUGUUGUGUGAGCUGAAGGAGAAGCUAGGUUCCUGGCCAGAGAUUGUAGUCGGAGGAGGCACCUGUCCUGGGGAAGGUAAGGGUUGGGAGGUGGGUGGGAGCCGGGCCCAUCAGCAAACCAAGUUGAGCCUGGAGAGGAAGGAGGGGCACGGGAGAUGCGGUGGAGAGCUAGCCAGAGCCCAGGCUGGGUGCUGGGGCAUCAGCCUGAGGGCCCGCGACUCCUGUUGCUCUGCAGAGGAGGAGACUGAGGGCCAAACACACCUGGAAGCCACCUCAUCAUUUUUGGGAAGAGACAGGAUAGACAAAUGUGACGUGCAACCGAACAGCAUUCAUCGGGAAGUAGUCAGAAGCCCUAAGCUCCCAGCCAGCCGGUGGAGAGCCACAGCAGAGGGUGCUUCCGAGGCUGGGAGCCCUCCGCUCCACACGGGUCCGACAGCAGUGGGCUGAGAUCUGGAGAGUCCAUGCCGGAUUGGGGGAGGGCAGGCCCGCUGGGGAGAAGAGUGUAUGCCACCCUGUUCUUAAAGGUCUGAGGUUCAAAGACAGUAUUUGUGGAGAGAUGCGAAGGCCCAGAAUUUGACAUUUCCCCAGAGUAGCACACCGGGAUGCAUGCAGUCUGCCCUGUCAGCAGCCUGAGCAGACUAAGGGAGAAAAGGCACUGAGCUCUCCCGGCCUCGGGCUCCAUCUGUGCAGCAGUCCCGGAGGUGGGCAGCACUGUGUCCAGAUGCCUCCCGAGCGCUCUGUGAAUGAGCACUUACUGAAUGUCCGGAGUGUGGCAUCCCAUCAUGGACUCUUCCUGGCGGGAACCAGGGAUCCCCUGGCAGCAGGAUGGCCCGGCCAGCGCAGUCCUGGUGCCCGGAAGCACACUUCCAUUUGGAUGGUGUUACCCACAAACCUUGAAUUCUAGCUUUGCUGGCCGUCAAGUCCAGGUGUCUUUAAUUGGCAUGGUCCACUCUGUCCCCUUUAUGUCCAAGGCUGCUGUUGUUUAACCCAGCAGCUAAUCACUGAGCUCUAUAAUUCACAGCAUGCACUUCCCAACUGAACCUGUGGAGUCCAACAGCCUUUAAGAGUUCCAAGUUCGCCCUGGCCGAUUUGGCUCAGCGGUUAGACCGU